AUGGAGGGACUUCUCUUUAACGUCAAUAACGGCUACAUUGAGGGCAUUGUCCGCGGGUAUCGGAACGGUCUCCUCACCGGCUCCAACUACAGCAACUUGACGCAAUGCGAGACGAUCGAUGAUCUGAAGCUGCAGCUCGGCCCUGCCUAUGGCGACUUUCUGGCAGCCCUACCUCCAAACCCCUCAACCUCGAGUCUCGCAUCGAAGACGACCGACAAGCUCGUCUCAGAGUUCCGCUAUGUCAAAGCCAAUGCGGUGGGAUCACUCGCCAAGUUCAUGGAUUACCUGACAUAUGGAUAUAUGAUUGAUAACGUUGCGCUCUUGAUUACUGGCACCCUACAUGAGCGGGACACUCGCGAGCUUCUGGACAGAUGUCACCCGCUAGGAUGGUUCGAGACGAUGCCGGUCCUGUGUGUUGCGACGAACAUCGAGGAGCUGUACAACAGUGUGCUUAUUGAGACACCUUUGGCUCCGUACUUCAAGGGUAGCUUGAGCCACCAAGACCUCGACGAACUGAACAUUGAGAUCGUCCGGAACACGCUCUACAAGAAUUACCUAGAGGACUUCUACAACUUUGUUAACACCGAUUCAGAUAUGGCCGGCACCCCCACUGCGGAAGUCAUGUCUGAAAUCCUAGAGUUUGAGGCGGACCGACGAGCGAUCAACAUCACCCUCAACUCCUUCGGUACAGAACUCUCCAAGGCCGAUCGCAAGAAGUUGUACCCCAACUUCGGGCUGCUGUACCCUGAGGGGACUCUGAUGCUAUCACGUGCCGAUGAUUUCGAAGGUGUCAGACUGGCCGUCGAUGGAGUCACAGACUACAAGAACUACUUCGAUGCAGCCGGUCUAGGUGGCGGGCCUGCUGGGCCUGGGAACAUGGCUGGAGGCUCCGGAUCCGACUCAAGGAGCUUGGAGGACAUGUUCUACCAGAAGGAGAUGGAGAUAUCCAAGAGUGCUUUCACAAGACAAUUCUCGUACGGCAUUGUGUAUGCUUGGGUUAAGCUGCGAGAACAGGAAAUCCGUAAUAUCACAUGGAUUGCAGAGUGCAUAGCACAAAACCAGAAGGAGCGUAUCAACAACUAUAUCAGCGUAUUUUAA